AUGGCGAGCUCCUCCUCAGGUUCUGUACCUAUGGAUGAAGCAGAAUGGCAGAAUGGCGUUGAGCCUUUGAUGAGGGUCGAGAAGCAGCUUCGGAACCUGGAAGGCUCUUCUUAUCAGGUCAUUCCUACGGGCCUUCCGGCACCACGCAAAGUCACCUUUCACAUCGACAAGUUAUCAUAUCGAAUCCCUCCCAAGCCAUCAGAUGAUGCCAUCCAUGCUGGAUUUAGAGGAUUUUCUCCUCUUCCUCCUCUCAUCACAAACCAUUCUUUUCUCAUCAACACAGUCGAAAGCAUGCAGAACGGUGAACAACCGACCUCUGACGAGCCACCCACUAACCCCACACCGACUGGCAAUGAUAAGUUACCCAACACAGCUUCACAAGACAUCCUGGGCGAGACUCAACUUCCCAGAAAGCGUGCUUUGCGGAGCAGUCGUCCACUCAAAAUUUCCGACAAGGUCAAUAGUGACAUCUGGCAGACAAUUCUCGGUUACUGUGAGCCCAGGCUCUUGCUUGCAGCAAAAACAAUCAACAAAGAGUUCCGCCAGUUGCUUUCGGAUCGCACAGCUAUAUGGCGGACCAGUCGACAGAAUGCCUUCGGCUACGACAUGCCUGACUGCCCAGUUGACAUGAGUGAGCAAGCGUACGCAGAUCUCUUGGUUGGCCGGGGUUGCCAGAACCGUAACUGCCCAAAAGAACAGACUGCCGGGGUAUACUGGACUUUUCAAGUUCGUCUGUGUGCUGACUGUUUCAAGAAGAAGACGAUGCGGGCCGACGAAUUGCCCGUCCAUCGAAGACAUGUCUUGAAUAUCACGGCAGAAGGCGAAGGAAGACCUCUUUGGGAACUUCUUCCACUGGCCAGGAGUGAUGGCCGACGGCACAUGCGUCCAAGAUCAGUUGAUAUGAGCACGAAUGGAUGGGCUAGCGCGCAUAGUCAUCGCCAAUACGUUUUCCUCAGAUCAGCCUACCUACGCCUUGAAAAUAAAUACCUACUGUUUCUUCGUUCAGAGCCUUCAUCUGCACAACUGGCCACUUGGACCGAUGGAAUUCUUACCAAGACAUUGGAAUUCAUGGUCGAGGUGAACCAGCUUGAGACCUGGCAUAAAGUUCAAAAGCGACCAGACACUAACGUGCACAAUGCAAGAGAAAGAUUCUUUGUAGCUCGUGCAGCCGAGUUGUCACCACCAAUCAAACGCAGUGUGCUUCUAAGAAUGGCUGCUUUCCGACGAAUACUGAACGUCCAAACACCUCCAACGGAACGAUCGUGGAAGACUCUGGAGGCUAAAAUUAUGCCUUAUCGAAUACAAGCAGAAGUCGUUGAACAGUUUGAACUUGAUAUGACGAAAGCUUCUGCAGAUAGGUUCUCGCAGUCGAUUCUGUCUUCACCAACCCCUCCUGCUAUCAAACUUUAUCGAGUACUGCACGAAUAUCGUUCAGGUCAUAAGUCAAAAAUUCGAGGUCUGAAGCCUGAGCAAGAAUUUGUGCUUGAGCUUGGAAAGAAAGAGUUCAAACGAUGCUUAGAUAACAAGGUCGCUGAUGCCGACAUUGUCCUCUUGUGCUUGAAGAAUGUCUUUGAUAGGUAUUGCUCAUUGAGCGAGGUGCCCAACGGGAUGAAUUACGAUGGCAGCAUUGGCCGUUACCGGCUGAGUUUGGACGAUGCCCGUAUGAUUGUUCAAGAGGUGAUGGAAAAGCAAAUACCGCGGAACUCACCAAGAGGUGGCAAAGUGUUCCAGAACCUACGUUGCAGAGGUUGUCGUCGGACCGAUUUCGUCAGGAGUUGGUCAUUUGUUGAUGCAUUUGAACACAUUCUUCAUGUCCACGCGAAAGUGGUGGGUCAAGGAUUGGAGUUCUGGCAAUUCGCGGUGCCAUAUGCUCGGGACGUUGACCAGCGAUUCACCGAACAAGAUCGUGCUAGCGCCAGUACUGGCUUCCCCUGGUACCUUGUCGCAUGGCCUCGAUGUUUGCCACUUGUACCAAGUCACCAAGAUCCUUGGACGCUGGACAACUGGCAUCCAGCCAUCAGUGUGCCUUAUGUGGAGAAACCUCCAGCGGUGACAGUCUCUGCAUUCGAGAAUCGUGUUCCUCAUGCUACCGAGCUUGCAGAAAAUGAUUUCGUUGGCAACCUCUUACACGCCGCGAGGACAUUGAACGGCAUUUGGCUUGAAGGCGAAUGCCAAUUCAAAAUUGCUCUUAAAUACGCCAUUGAUUUGUAUCUUCGGGCAGAGGGUUCAGAGCCCCCUUUGUCUUCAUUCGCAACAUGUCUCAACACACUUCACGAUGCAAACCCGAGCAUCGAGCUCAGAUUCAGGUGCAACGUCUGCGUGGGUGAAGAAACCGUGUAUCGGACAGCUAGACAGGUCAAAUACAAGAUCGAUCUGGAAGCUCUUCUGGCUCACUGGGGAGAAAAGCAUGCUAAUAGCAACAGUUCGUGGAGCCAAAAUCUAAUGCUCCUGCCAUCUGCAGCAGAGGUAUGGCAGCAAAUUCUUGAAGCGGAUGAAAAAUUGCUGCAGGAGAGACAAGCCACGCGGGAACGAACACAACAACUAUCUGGAAACGUUCGAAAGAGACCCAAGCUCAAAGGGAACUUGGUGAUGAAUGCUCGAUCAGCAGGCGAAGUUUUUGAUCAAUUGUUUGGUCGAGUAACGGUAGCUGGGUGCCAAGUCGGCACGGCCAUGGACAAGGAUGAGGUGGCAUGA